GGAACGUUUGGGAGUCAAAAGCAUGUUGCAGCAUUUUGCAAAUCUGAACGUGUCUUUGGCUUUGCUAUGCUUUGCUUCUUCCGUAGAAUUGUUCACAAUGUGACCUUAGAAUUCCACCGCUUGAAGCCGCUUGGCCAUGGCGGCUGUGCCAAGCACUCGUGACGAGACUCGGCUGGGCUGCACCAUCUCCAGAUGGCAAUUCUGCUUACGGCUGCACCCCAACCUGGUGGCCUUCAAUCACACAAUCAGCACAUGUGGAAAGACGUCCGAAUGGCGGGUGGCUUUGGCUUUACUGGGUAAGCUGAAAAGGGAAAGGACGGAAGCGGGAAGGAGUGCCGACAUCUAUUCCUAUAACAGUGCCAUCGGUGCAUGUGAGAAAGGCCACGUUUGGGAAACGGCUUUGUCUUUGACCAUGGAAUGCAUGGAGGGCCGCAUGAAGUGCAUGGGCUGUCUGGAACGACGUAUGUCCUUCGAUGUGGUUACGCUGAACACGGCCUUGUCCUCCUGUGGAAAGAGCGAGAAAUGGCCACAGGCCUUCCAGGCCUUUCACUUGGCCAAGGUGUUGGACCUUUGCGAUGUCUUCACUUUGAACAGUGCCUUGAGUGCUUCUGAAAGAGUCACCCUUUGGCGGAGCGCGUUGAGCACACUCGCAGCGACAGCGACGAGCCAAUCAACUCCCGAGAUCUCCAAGAGGAGCGGCCAACUGAGCUGUCGUCCCGAUGUGAUCUCCUUCAACUCUUUGAUCUCCGUGUGUGCUCGUGCCGAUCAAUGGAGACGAGCCAAGCAGUUCUUUGAUUUUCAACAGGAGAAGACGUCGAUCAGUUUCAAUGCCAUGAUCACAGCGUGCGAUUGGAGUGGCCAGUGGCGACAGGCCUUACAGACCUUCACCGAUGCCCGACACGCGACCGACACGGUCGUGAGGAACGUGAGAGGCCAAGGCCUCCAAACAGCGAUGGCUUUGGUGCGAUUUGCUCCGUUCGUAGCAUCCUUUGCUCCUAGAAGGGAUGCCCUUGUUACUAGUAGCUUCCUUGCUCCGUUCGUAGCGAUGCCAGUAGCGAGCGUUCUUGCUCCUAGUAGUAAGGCCAGGAGCCCCUAGGCCCUAGUAGCUUCUUGUUACUAGUAGCGAUGCCAGGAGCCCGUAAUGGCUUCCACAGUGACCAUUUCCACUGCGUUCGCGCUUCGGUGAUGGACAUCAUCACUUACAACGCGGCCAUUUCAGCGUGUGAUGAGCAUCUUCAUGUGGCCCUGAAGCUCUUUCAGGAACUUCAACAGAACUCCGUCGUUCCCAAUGUGGUCACCUACUCCUCUGUCAUCAGUGCCUGCGAACGGGGAGGGCAGUGGCAGCAAGCAUUAUGGCUGCUGUGGGUGAUGCAACGCCACCGGCUGCAGCCAAACAUCGUCAGCUACAGUGCAGCUAUUAGUGCCUGUGAGAAAGCAGGCCGCUGGCAACUGGCAGUGCUUCUUUUGGCCCUCUGUGAAAACCAAAGAAACCGGCCAAACCUUAUCACCUACAACACGGUCAUGAGUGCUUGCGAGAAGGGUUCCCAAUGGAUCCAUGCCUUGGACAUUUUAGUGUCCAUUCGACGUUUGCGCUUCGAUGUGGUCUCCUAUGCUGCUGCCAUGAGUGCCUGCGAGAAGGGCAAUGCAUGGCGCCAAGCUCUGGACUUACUGGACGACAUGAAGAAACAGAGGCUAGAAGUGAACCUGAUCGCUUUUUGUGCAGCUUUGAGUGCUGCUGUUGGCGGUGGUCAGUGGCAAAAAGCACUGAAUUUAAUGGACGACCAAAAGCACUCGCGUUUGCAGCUUGACGUCAUUGCUUUUGGUGUCGCAGUGUCAGCCUGUGAGAUGGGCGCCCGUUUCGCACGGAGCUUGAAGAUCCUC